GGACUGGCCACGAUGGAGGCUCCAACCUCCGAACCAGCCGGCAACCCCAAUGGCACUGGGAACACCCAGAAUCUCACAGUUCCUGUGAUGCAAGAGAACACCAAUGGAUCUGUUCCAGCACCCACCUCGACCAUAUCAAAUGGCAUCAGCGCAGAUGAAAUCGCCCUCUACGACCGACAAAUCCGCCUCUGGGGUCUCAAAGCCCAAGAAUCCAUCCGCAACGCCAACAUCCUCCUCAUAACAAUGAAAGCCCUCGCCAACGAAAUCGCCAAAAACCUCGUCCUAGCCGGCAUCAACUCCCUGACCCUCUGCGACCACUGCCCCGUCCUACCCUCCGACCUCACCUCCCAAUUCUUCCUCCCCUCUGACCGCUCCCCAGUCGGCACCAACCGCGCCAUCGCCGCUUCAACCAACAUUCAACGCCUUAACCCCCGCGUUAGUAUUAACAUCGACACCCUCGACAUCCGCCUCAAACCCCCUUCCUACUUCUCCGCCUUUGACAUCAUCAUCGCCACCGACCUCGACGCUCCCACCCUAAACCUAAUCAACACAGCCACCCGCCUCAACAACCGCAAAUUCUACGCGGCCGGCUCUCACGGGAUGUACGGGUUCUUGUUCUCGGACCUCAUCGAGCACAACUUCAUCAUCUCAAGAUCCAUCUCCAACGUCCCCACCGUGGUAGGACCGGAAUCCCCCACAAGAUCAAUCAUCUCCUCCAGCCCCGACCCCAACGACCCCAAAGUCGAAAACGUCACAAAACGAGAACUCUUUUCAACAUGGCUACUGGCUAGUUCCUCCCCCCUCCCAGCGGAAAUUCUCAAAUCCCCCCGCCGCAAAAAAGUGGUCACCCCUAUUUUGUCUUGUCUGCGAGGGCUCUGGGAGUUUGAAUCGCAGUUUGGCAUUCGGCCCAACCCGAAUGAUAAGGCGCAACUGGCGCAGUUUACGAUUUUGUGCGGGGAGCAGCACAAGGCGCUUGGGCUGCCGGCUGAGACGCUGAGGAGCGAGACGUUGAGGGCGUUUUUGCAGAAUAUUGGGGGGGAGGUCUCGCCUGUGGCGGCGGUGUUGGGGGGGCAGCUGGCGCAGGAUGUGAUUAAUGUGCUUGGGAGGACGCAGCAGCCGAUUCAGAACUUUGUGGUGUUUGAUGGGGAGAGGUCGGAGGCGGGGGUGUAUGCGUUGCAUCCGACCGAGGGGGAGUUGGGGAGGGGGUUGUUGCCUAUUAGUGGGGGGCAGCAACAGCAACAGCAGCAGCAGCAGCAGUAG